AUGCGAGGUGAACAUCUUAGGCAUUCAGCCGGUUCCCAUGACACGUGCACAGACACAAAGACAUGUUGGCAACCGCAGGUGCGAAGGCGGGCUCCCAGUUCAACCUACCGUCUGGCUACGUCGAGGGCAGAAACUCGAGACGUGACUACCACGGCCGAAGUCAUCAACAGCCUUGACAACGACACGACAACAGGAGAAGUGAACCGGCUCUAG